AGUGUCGUCAUGCAUUGUUAUUGUUAUUAUAAAUUAAAAAAUAAAUAAAUAAAAGCUAACAUUGCAUAUUUUAUUAAAAAUUAAUUUUUAUUAAUUAUCUAUUAAAUAUUUUAAACAAAUAAAACGAAAUUCGUGUAAAAUAAAUCGAAACGAAACAAGACAAAAAUUAUUAGUAAACAAAAAUAGAAAAAACAGUUGUGUCAGUGAAUCAGAUAUUUGAUAUGUUUUUUUUUUCUAAUACGUAUUAUCAACAAAUAGAAAAAUAAUAAAAUAAUAAUCUUAAAUUAAAAAAAUAGCUAAUUUUAUGUUUUAAAAUGACAUCUGUAGAUUCAGGUGUUGAUACUGGUAAUGAUUCAAAUGACAGUGGUCAAGCUGAAAUACAAGGAUUUAAUGGAUUUGUACGUGGCAAAAGUUUGACAACAAAUGGAAGCAUAGAUUCUAUAAAUAAUAAAAAUCAAAUAAAUGAAACAACUGAUAAUAAUCAAUCAAAUAUUAGCAAUUUAACAACAACAAAAACAUUAUGUUUAAAUAAAUCAUCAUUUAAUAAUUCAAUGCCAUGUUUAUCACGUAAUGAUUUAGAAGCUGGUUCAUCAGUAUCAUCACUACAAGUUUUUUUUCAAUUUGAUAAUUCACAAAUUGAUAAAGAACCAUUAAGAUUAAAAACGCAAUAUUCAUCAUGUCAUCCUGAUGGAUUUAGACUUGAAGAUCCACGUUGUUCAAAUGUACGUCAUUUUUUUCACAAUGAUGAAUUAAAUAUAGACAAAAAAAUGAAAGCAUUAUCAUCAUUAAAAGAAAGGUGUAAUUUAAAGGGUAAAUUUAUGAUGAGAAAUCAUAGAAGAGAAGCAUUAGAGCCAUUUUAUACAUCACAUUGGAGUCGUAAAAUGCGUCUUGCUGCUGGAACAAAUAACAUUGAAUUAAUGACACAUAUACUUGAACGUGGUGUAUCACCAAAUGAUGCUGAUGAACAAGGUCGUACUGCUCUUCAUUUAGCAUGCUCAAGAGGUUACUCGGAAAUGGUUAAAUUAUUGUUGGAUCAUGGUGCAAAUCCAAAUCAAAUUGAUAGUCUUGGUAAUACACCGUUACAUUUGGCAGCUAUAACAAGUAAAAUAUCAGUUGUAACAUUACUUUUAAAAGCUGGAACAAAUGUAUUGUCAUCAGAUAGACGUGGUUAUAAUCCUCUACAAUUAGCACAAGCUAAAUUACGAAUGUUACAAAAUUGCAAAGGUUCUGAUACAAAUAGAAUUAAAGAUGAAAUUCAUAAAGUUGUUAAUAUGCUUGUUGCAUAUUUAGAAAAAAAAAAUGAUGUUGGUGAACAAAUUGAAGCAUUAAGUUCAUUUUGUUCAAAAUUAUCAUUAUCAAAUACAAAUGAUCAAGUACAGGGUGAUGUUAAAAAUUUACUUGCAAGUAUUGAUUCACUUAGUCUUGCAAGUUGAAUAAAAAAAAAAUUUACUUUUCUUUUAAAUCUCAAUUAUACAAUUAUUAUUAUUCAAAUUUUAUAAUUUUUUUUUUCCUUUUAUUUGAUUUUUUAAUUUAAAAUUGAAUAAUAAUUUUAAUUAUUAAUUUUUUAAUUAUUUUUUUCUGUUAUUUAAAAUUAAAUAAAAUGAAAAUAUUAUUUUUAAAAAAACAAGACAUUAUUUUAAAAAUAAAAAUCAUCAAUUUUUUUUAUUUUUCAUAAACAAUUAUUAAUUGUUGGUUGUUUUUUUUUUAAUUAUUAUUAUUGAAAAAUAUAUAUAUUUAAGUUUUUUGAAUUAUUUCUUUAUAAAUGUAAAAUAUUUAUCCUUGACUUUAAUAUGUCUUGUAAAUAAUUACGUGAGAGAAUACAUGUUUUACAAUUGUAUGCCCAGAAUAAAUAACUUCUUAUGCAGUAAUUUUUUUAUUCUUGGUUUUUAUAUUAACAAAAAAGACAAAAAAAAACAACAUAAAAAUAAAAAAUUAUAUUAUGUAUCUUAAAAC